UAUGUUUAUGCAUGUGACAUUAUGCAAGCAACGUAUUAAUAAAAAGUUGUUCUUGUUUUAGUUAUGUAUUUAAAGGGUUAGAUGAUGUGUUUAUACUAAGCGUAGUUAGCCUUCCUACCAUACUGAUACUGGGCAAAAUUCUACACGAUAUUUUUAUUUAACUACUGCUGCUUUUGAAUUAGCGUUGUACACUUUUAAAUUGUAUUUAACAAAACUUAUGUUGGUAGAAACAGUGAUUUAGAAAAGUUGGAGCCAGUUUGGAGUCGCCAGGGUUGAUUAUUCGCAGGGUUCUUUCAAGCUUUGAGGAAAAAAUGAAUGACGAAGAUAGGAAGUUAAGCAACGUACAUCAGGGAUGGAUCUUACUUAGCAGAAUUUCUGAUGGGGAAAGGAUACCUCGUUCAUGGAAUUAUUAGGAGGUCUAGUUCAUUUAAUACAGGCAGGAUUCAACAUUUGUAUUCAAAUCCGACCACGCACAAAGGUGGUCGGAUUGAAUUACAUUACGGCGACUUGACAGAUAGCAGUUGUUUAGUCAAAAUUAUAAACAAAGUGAAACCAAAUGAAAUAUACAAUUUGGCAGCACAGAGCCAUGUUAAAGUAUCCUUUGACUUAAGCGAAUACACAGCAGAAGUGGACGCUGUCGGAACGCUGAGACUACUUGAUGCCAUAAGGACAUGCGGUCUGGAGAAAAAUGUCAAAUUUUAUCAAGCAUCCACGUCGGAAAUGUUUGGAAAAGUAAUGGAAAUCCCGCAAAAAGAGACAACCCCUUUUUACCCUAGAUCUCCAUAUGCUUGCGCUAAGUUGUAUGCUUAUUGGAUGGUGGUUAAUUACAGAGAAGCAUAUGGAAUGUUUGCCUGCAAUGGUAUUUUAUUUAACCAUGAAAGCCCAAGGAGGGGUGAAAACUUCGUGACGAGGAAAAUAACAAGAUCAGUAGCUAAAAUAUAUCUAGGGCUGCUGGACUGUAUGGAAUUGGGAAACUUGGAUUCAAAAAGAGACUGGGGCCAUGCAAGAGACUAUGUAGAGGCAAUGUGGAUGAUGCUUCAACAAAAAGUACCGGAUGAUUUUGUGAUCGCAACAGGGCAAGCAUACAGUGUAAAGGAUUUUGUCGAAGCCGCUUUCCUCCACAUAGGAACGGAAAUUAUUUGGGAAGGCUCGGGGCUUGACGAAGUCGGAAAAGAGAAACACACGGGGAUCGUCAGGGUAAGGGUGAACCCGAAAUAUUUCAGGCCGACGGAAGUCGACACAUUGCUCGGUGAUGCAUCAAAGGCAAAUAGCGCAUUUGGAUGGGCUCCGAAAGUUACCUUCAAGGAAUUAGUACGGGAUAUGAUGGAAGCGGAUAUCAAACUCAUGACUGAAAACCCGACUGCGUAGGAGUUCAGUUUUCAAGAUUGGACAUGACUAAUGGCUCUGUUCCUUGCGUAACCUUGAAAUAUGCAAAAAUGCAUAAAUUUUUGUACAAAAGUGAGUGAGUGUGAAAAUAUUUAUAUAUGUAUUAUCGUUUUUGUCGCUUGCAAUUUUACUUCGUGUCAGUUAUAUAAUCAUACAAGUAUGUUUAUCUUGAAAAGGAUAAUAAACUGGAAAGAAACAUUAUGUACCAUAUACAAAUCAACUGAAAAGACUAUCAUAGUAAAAUGCUCAAAAUAGUAUUUAAAAAAAAAAAUUCAUUAAGGUUUAUUUUCAGUUUUCCCAUAAAAUGUAUUUAAUGC